GCUCUACCCAUCUACUUGCCACUUGCUCCGCGGAGAAAGCAAGUCUGUGAAUUGAGCAUAAGGAAAUAGUAACCGUGUCUGAGCUGGCAAAAAGAUAGCUUCGUCCAGUGUCUAUGGAAAGGAUCACGUUAUGUAGAUGAGUUACCUGAUUCACUGAAUGAACAAGCUAAUACGUUGCCAGUGUCAACCUCCAGGCCAUGAUUUCACUUUUUUUUGUCUCCGAGCUGGGAUCAUUUUCACCGUGAGGAAGCCCUCUUCAAGAAAAUUCCUAUCAUCUUUCAUAAUAUCACCAAGUCAAUAUCUGGAGCAGAGUCAAUCCUCUCAGUUACAUAAAAUUAAAAAUGGCAUAUUGUUGGAAAACAGAUCUAAAUACCAGUGAAUCACAUGAAGAGCAGCAUGAGCACCAAGAAUUUCACUCUGUAAAUCAGUCCUUUUUCCCUAGCCACGUCAGUCUGGGUUUUGAUCAGCUAGUAGAUGAGAUCAGGAUUAAAAUUCCAUUCUAUCAGAGUGAAAUUGAAGAAAACACUGUUUGUGUACCCCAUGCACCAAAUUGGGACUCAACAAGGCAUUCAUUACAUGAAACACACCAAAUACCCUUGAAUGAAUUAACUUCUCAGACCUCAGAACUCUCCUGUCACCAAGUUGGGAAAACACCAGUAAUUGGUUUUAGGCGCUCUGUGCUACCAAAUCCUGAAAAUAUGAACAAACAAAGCUCUUGUGGAAACCCCAUAGGAAAAUAUCAUGGUGGUGAUGAUUACAGAAUAAAUAUUUCAGCUCCAUCAUCCACUAGUCUGGAUAAAAUUAAUUCAGAGAGAGAAUCAGAAAAUGAAAAUCAUAACUACCACAUAGGAUUUGAAAGUAGCAUCCCUUCUACAUAUCCAUCCUUCUCAACUAACUUCAUGCCAAAAGAAAAGAAUAAAAGAAGUAGAAAUAUGAACAUUGUGAAACAUUCUCUGAUGCUUUCUGAAGGUUCUUUUCCACCCAGGACCUGGGAAAGUACACAGCCAGAGAAUACAGAGCUGACAGGUUGUUCUAUUCAGCUGGUUGAAGUACCUCAAGGCAGUAAUAAGAGUCUGGCCUCCUUCUGCGACAAAGUAAAAAAGAUAAGAGAAACAUAUCAUGCAGCUGACAUUAAUUCGAAUUCAGGGAAGAUCUGGAGCACUACUGCAGCAUUUCCAUGUCAGCUUUUUUCCAACACUAAGUUUAAUAUAAAUAUUUGUAUUGAUAACUCAACACAACGACUUCAUUUUAAGCCAUACGCUAAUUAUCUUGUCAAAGACCUAAUUGCAGAGGUUCUACAUUUUUCUACAAAUGACGAAUUAUUCCCCAAAGAUCAUCUUCUAAGUAUAUGUGGCUAUGAAGAAUUCUUACAAAAUGAUUACUCUUUGGGGAGGCACAAAAUAUUUCAGAAAGAUAAAUCUGUUAUUCAACUUACUCUUCAUAAAAAUGGGAAAGUUCCAGGAAAAUUAUCUCGAAAGCAUGAAGAUGACCACAGUCAGUUUUAUCUGAACCAACUUCUAGAAUUUAUGCAUAUUUGGAAAAUAUCCAGACAGUGCCUCUCAACAGUAAUCAAAAAAUAUGACUUCCACCUGAAAUGCCUAUUGAAAACCCAGCAAAAUGUAGAUAAUAUUAUUGAAGAAGUAAAAAAUAUAUGCAGUGUUCUGGGGUGUGUGGAGACCAAACAAAUUACAGAUGCUGUAAAUGAACUAAAUCUAACUCUUCAGAGAAAUGCAGAGAAUUUUCAUCAAAAUUCAGAGACUUCAGCAAAAGGCUUGAUAGAGAAAGUGACAACUGAACUCUCCAGGGCCAUCUACCAGCUAAUCAGCGUCUAUUGCCGCAGCUUUUAUGCAGAUUUCCAGCCUCUAAAUAUACCUGAUGACAUUUCCUAUGUAAAUCCUGGACUCCAUUCCCACCUGAGCUUUACAGUGUAUGCAGUUCACAACAUUCCAGAGACUUGGGUGCACAGCUAUAAAACAUUUUCUUUUUCCUGUUGGCUUACAUAUGCUGGAAAGAAGUUGUGCCAAGUGAGAAGCUACAGAAAUAUUCCAGUCAAAAAAUUAUUCUUUUUCUUGGUCAACUGGAAUGAAAUGAUCAAUUUUCCUCUUGAAAUAAAGUCACUUCCAAGGGAAUCUAUGCUCACUAUAAGAUUGUUUGGAAUUAUCUGUACAACCAAUAAUGCCAAUUUACUGGCCUGGACUUGUCUUCCAUUGUUUCCAAAAGACAAGUCCAUUCUCGGGUCUAUGCUAUUCAGCAUGACAUUACAGAGUGAGCCUCCCAUAGAAAUGAUAGCUCCAGGAGUAUGGGAUAUAAGCCAGCCAUCCCCAGUGACCCUACAGAUUGCUUUUCCAGCUACUGAGUGGGAGUAUAUCAAACUUGAUUCUGAAGAGAAUAGAAGUAAACCAGAAGAACCACCAAAAGAGUGUUUAAAACAUAUUUUCAGACUUUCACAGAAACAGUCUCCCUUACUACUCUCUGAGGAAAAGAGAAGAUACUUAUGGUUUUAUCGUUUCUACUGCAAUAAUGAAAACUGCUCCCUUCCUUUGGUCUUGGGCAGUGCCCCUGGAUGGGAUGAAAGAACUGUUUCAGAAAUGCAUACCAUUUUGAGAAGAUGGAAAUUUUCUUGCCCUUUGGAAGCACUUGGACUUCUGACUUCUAGUUUUCCAGAUCAAGAAAUUCGUAAAGUGGCAGUUCAACAAUUAGACAACCUCUUGAAUGAUGAACUACUGGACUAUCUCCCACAGCUAGUUCAGGCUGCCAAGUUUGAAUGGAACCUUGAAAGUCCUCUAGUACAACUCCUAUUGCACCGUUCAUUGCAAAGCAUCCAGAUUGCCCAUCGUCUUUACUGGCUGCUAAAGGAUGCACAGAAUGAAACUUAUUUUAAAAGCUGGUAUCAGAAACUAUUGGCGGCUCUCCAAUUCUGUUCAGGAAAAGCCUUGAGUGAUGAGUUUUCCAAAGAGAAGAAACUUAUUAAAAUUCUGGGAGACAUUGGGGAAAAAGUCAAGUCUGCCAGUGACCCUCAAAGACAGGAGGUACUGAAGAAAGAGAUUGGAAGACUAGAAGAAUUCUUUCAGUGUAUAAAUACCUGUCACCUUCCUCUGAACCCUGCCCUGUGUAUAAGGGGUAUUGAUCAUGAUGCAUGUUCAUAUUUCACAUCUAAUGCUUUGCCACUGAAGAUUACUUUCAUCAAUGCUAACCCAAUGGGCAAAAACAUCAGCGUCAUUUUUAAGGCUGGCGAUGAUCUCCGUCAGGAUAUGCUUGUUCUGCAGAUUAUUCAAGUGAUGGACAAUAUUUGGCUGCAGGAGGGCUUGGAUAUGCAAAUGAUCAUUUAUAGAUGUCUAUCCACAGGAAAAGGUCAAGGAUUGGUGCAGAUGGUGCCCGAUGCCAUCACCCUAGCAAAGAUCCAUCGCCAUUCUGGACUGAUAGGACCAUUGAAAGAAAACACAAUCAAAAAAUGGUUCAGUCAGCACAACCAUUUAAAGGCAGAUUAUGAAAAGGCCUUGAGGAACUUUUUCUAUUCCUGUGCCGGCUGGUGUGUGGUAACGUUCAUCCUGGGAGUCUGUGACCGACAUAACGACAAUAUCAUGCUGACAAAGUCAGGCCACAUGUUUCAUAUUGACUUUGGAAAAUUCCUAGGUCAUGCACAAACAUUUGGAGGGAUAAAAAGGGACCGAGCACCUUUUAUUUUUACUUCAGAGAUGGAGUACUUUAUUACAGAAGGUGGGAAAAACCCACAGCAUUUCCAAGAUUUUGUGGAGCUUUGCUGUCGAGCUUAUAAUAUUGUCAGAAGGCACAGUCGACUGCUCUUGAACCUGCUAGAAAUGAUGCUACAUGCAGGAUUGCCUGAGCUGAGUGGAAUUCAAGACCUGAAAUAUGUGUAUAAUAAUCUUCGUCCACAAGACACAGACCUAGAAGCAACAAGUCAUUUUACCAAGAAAAUAAAGGAAAGUCUGGAGUGCUUCCCUGUUAAGUUAAAUAACUUGAUCCAUACACUUGCACAAAUGACAGCCACAAGUCCUGCCAAAUCUGCUUCACAGACUCCUUCCCAGGAAUCCUGUAUGCUGAGUGCAACCAGGUCAAUUCAAAGAGCGACAAUUUUAAGGUUCAGUAAGAAAACCAGUAAUCUGUACCUAAUCCAGGUGAUACAUGGUAACAAUGAAAUGAGCCUGACAGAAAAAUCAUUUGACCAGUUUUCAAAACUUCACAGCCAACUUCAGAAGCAGUUUGCAUCAUUGACUCUCCCAGAGUUUCCUCAUUGGUGGCACGUACCUUUUACAAACUCAGACCACAAACGAUUCAGAGAUCUAAAUCAUUACAUGGAACAGAUAUUAAAUGGAUCAUAUAAAGUUGCAAAUUGUAUAAUCCCAUAGGAACCCCAUGACGGAGUCUGGCUGGCUAGAGAAUAAUCUUGGGAACUCUGCUAGCUGCCAAUUCAGAAAGUGGUCCCACUGGUUACCCAGUACCAUGGCCAGGAACACUGCCUGGCCAUUCUCAUAAAGGAUGAGCAUUAAUAGUGCACUGGAUCAUGAUUGUACCCUUCAGAAACACCACUCAGAGCACAUUUUUAAUAUGUCUGUUACAAAUAAAGAGAAAGAAGUAAACAGUAUGUGUUCAUUAUGGGACUAGAACUAUGUAAUGAGGAAACUGAAAACAAAGAUAUAAAAUAAUUGUUGAAAAUGGUGUAGACCAAUAGUAAAACUAUACUAUAAUAAAUGAUUAUGUGUGGAUAUAUUGCAUAUACAUUAAUUUAAACUUGCCUACUCAAUAUAAAUUGUAUUCUAUCUUUUGAAUAUAUUUGGUUUUAUGUCUUAAUCAGUGAGUAAUGGGAAAUGUGUUAUAACAGAGGCUUCUGCCCUAUAGGAUCAAGGCAACUUAAUUUAUUUCAUUGGAUUUCAACUACUUUUUGUGUAUUUCAGAAUAUAGAAUGCUAUGCCUAACAUAGGACUUGAACUCAUGACCCCAAGAUCAAGGGGUCUCACCAGACAUCCCUUUUUAGAAUGUUGACAUCUUAAUGUUCUCUACUAACUCUAACAUUCUCCUAAGGUCAUGUCCAUUAACUUAUGCUAUAGUCAAGGGCCUCAUGGGCAUGGCACUUGUCUAUAAGGGAAAAUGCUGAGGGGAUAGUGGAUGGGAUUAUCAUCUUUGUAUGCGGAAGGCUGCCUUACUGAUUAUACUAAAGCUGUUUUAAAGGCGAUGCCUUUUCAGGGUAAUUGACAAAAUAUCUAGUAACCAUUGAAGGUGCCAGGCCUUGGCCCAUUUAGGCAGAGACAAGUAAGUGCAAAGUGGAAAGGCUUCUGAUUUCUGUCCCCAGUGUGAAGAAGACAAGUUUUGAGAUCCGUUUUUAUGUGGCAGCAGGCUUUCAAUAGGGAACGCUUAGAUGUAUCUGCUCACAGGAUGAGGUCUACAGAAAUGUUAGCAGAGGACUGUUAUGAGAGGGGAAAACAAAAGAGUCAGACAUAACAGGUGGGUAAGACUUGCAAAGGGGCAGCUUAACACAGCAAGGCUUAGCGAAUAUUGCUGCCCACCACAGUCACUGCUGUACACAGGCAGAUGAAAAAAACCACCACACAUAGAGGUCCCAGGUUUCAUCACAUUCACAUUUGCUAAUGUGCUAACCAAAAUUCUACUGUAGAUACCCCAGGAAGAGAUGUUUUUCUUUUGUUUUUAAUCCCUAUUGGUCAGUAUUUAGGAAAAGGAAGGCGAAGAAACUUCAGACACCACAUUGUUUUGUUCUUGGAUGAAUUAAGGUCUAAGAGUUGAGUGAGAAUAAAAAAACAGAAGGAAAAAGAAGAGGUAUUUAUAUCAUCAAACAUGAGACACUAUUGUAAAAUCACAGAUCCUAUAAAUACUCUAAGUGAGAAUAUGUCAGCCAUCUUCUCACACUGAACUUCCAACGAGGGGGAUCCCAUUUGUCUCUUACAAAAGGAUGCCAAUAUUAUAGAUGUGCCUUCUUCUAAAGUAACACCCCCCUGAUAAUUUAAUUGAAUUCAUUAGUUGCCAUUUCUAUACUACCAAACAAAUAAAGUAGUGCUAUCUUAAUAAAAAUCAAGUCAACAAAAAUUAAAUGUGGGCACUAGCAUAAAAGAGGCUAUUUUGGAAAACUGCAUUAGUCAUUCAACAAAUGUUUAUUGAUUGCCUACAUUGUAUAUGGUCUGGCCAGGGGUGCCUUAAUAGCACCUGUGAUCAAUUUUUUUAGAAUAAAUUGAGGAGGUUUUAAAAAGUAUGCUC